AUGUGGGAGCUCCUCACUCUCUUGAUGCUCACCCUGGCCUAUUUCUUCUGGCCCAAGGGGAAGCCUACUGGUGCCAAGUACCCCAACAGCCUCCCAGCCCUGCCCUUGGUGGGCAGCCUUCCCUUCCUCCCCAGACAUGGACAUCCACAUGUGAACUUCUUCAAGCUGCAGAGAAAAUAUGGCCCCAUCUAUUCCCUUCGCAUGGGAAGCAAGACCACUGUGAUCGUCGGGGAGCACCAGCUGGCCAGGGAGGUGCUGAUCAAGAAGGGCAAGGACUUUGCUGGACGGCCUGAAGUGGUGACGCUAGGCAUCCUGUCAGACAAUCAGAAGGGCAUUGCCUUUGCUGACCAUGGUGCCCUGUGGCAGCUGCAUCGGAAGCUGGUGCAGGCUGCCUUUGCUCUUUUCAAGGAUGGCAGUCAGAGGCUAGAGAAAAUGAUAUGUCAGGAAAUCAGCUUAUUGUCUGAUUUUCUGGCCACCAAGAAUGGACAGUCAGUAGAUUUGUCCUUACCUGUCUUCCUGGCGGUGACCAACAUUAUCUGCUUCAUCUGCUUCAACUUUGCCUACAAGUAUGAGGAUCCUGAACUCAAGAUCAUACAAAAUUACAAUAACGGCAUCCUGGACAUGCUGGGCAAGAAUACUAUAGUAGACAUAUUCCCCGGAUUGAAGGUUUUCCCCAACAAAACACUGGAAAAGUUAAGGAACUGUGUUAAAAUGAGAAAUGAAUUACUGAGUGAAAUUCUUGGAAAAUAUAAGGAGAACUUCAGCAGCGACUCUAUCACUACCCUGCUGGACAUACUGAUCCAAGCUCAGAUGAACUCAGAAAACAAUGAUGUGGACCCAGAUCAGGAUUUAAAGUUGCUUUCAGAUGAACACAUUCUCAUUACCAUUGGAGACAUCUUUGGGGCUGGAGUGGAGACCACCUCCUCUGUGGUACAGUGGAUUGUGGCCUUCCUGCUGCAUUACCCUCAGUUGAAAAAGAAGAUCCAGGACGAGAUUGACCAGCAUAUAGGGUUCAGCCGCACGCCAACGCUCAGGGACCGCAGCCAUCUCCUGCUCCUGGAGGCUACCAUCAGGGAGGCGCUGCGCAUCAGGCCCGUGGCCCCAAUGCUCAUUCCCCACAAGGCCGUUGUCGACUCCAGCAUAGGUGGUUAUGCCAUUGACAAGGGCACCAAUAUCAUCAUCAAUUUGUGGGCGCUGCAUCACAAUGAGGAGGAGUGGGACCAGCCGGACAAGUUCAUGCCCGAGCGCUUCUUGGACCCAACAGGGAGCCACCUCAUCUCACCAUCUUUAAGCUACUUCCCCUUUGGGGCGGGACCCCGCACAUGUGUAGGGGAGAUGCUGGCCCGCAAGGAGCUCUUCCUCUUCAUGGCCUGGUUACUGCAGAGGUUUGACUUCGAGGUCCCAGACGAUGGACACAUGCCCUCUCUGGAAGGUGUCCCCAAUGUGGUCUUUCUGAUCGAACAUUUCAAAGUGAAGAUCAAGGUCCGAGAAGCCUGGAGGGAGGCUCAGGCUGAGGGCAGCACCUACAACUAG